CCCGCGGCGCGGGGCAGGCAGAGCGGCUACCUGAAUGGGGAGGGGGGCAGACGGCGCGGAGCGCGGCGGCGUCGACGUCUAGUGUCUCAGUGCGCCCGCCGUCUGUGGCCAGGCAGCCAGCAGCAGCUCGGAGGCGCCUCGCCAGCCAGCCAUGCUCAACUUCGGCGCUUCUCUCCAGCAAUCUUCGGAGGAGAAAAUGGAAAUAAUGCCUGAGAAGCUGAAAGAGAGUGUGUACACCUGGAACAAGACUGAGAAAAGUGAUUUUGAAGCUGUGGAAGCGCUCAUGUCCAUGAGCUGCGACUGGAAGUCCGGCUUCAAGAAAUACCUUGAAAACAGGCCUGUCACCCCAGUGUCUGACACCUCCGAGGAGGAGAGCUUGCUUCCAGGGACUCCCGACCUUCACACAAUCCCGGCAUUUUGUUUGACUCCGCCUUACAGCCCCUCUGACUUUGAACACUCUCAGGUGUCAACUGUGGUGGCACCAGCGCCAUCUGCUGGCCACUUCAAACCAUUCUCCGAGGCUGCUAAGGCCCCCGUUGCUGCUCCUCCCUUCAAAGAGGAGGACAAGAGUCCUGUAGCUGCCCCUGCCCUCCCUAAGGCUCAAGCAACAAGUGUCAUCCGCCACACAGCUGAUGCCCAGCUGUGUAACAACCAAUCUUGCCCUGUGAAAGCAGCCAGCAUCCUUAACCAUCAGGACAGUUCUUUCCGAAGAAGGACCCACCUAAAUACUGAGGCUUCAAGAAAGAGCGUACCUUGUGCGGCCGUGUCACCAAACAGAUCGAGGUGUGAGCAAAAUGCAGCCGCAGAUGGUGAUGAGGAGGCAGGCGCUGCUCCGUACGACUUUGCUGUGCCUUCCUCAGAGACAGUCAUCUGCAGGCCUCAGCCCGCUCCUCCGUCCCCAUUGCAGAAGUCAGUAUUGGUCUCCUCGCCCACAGUACCCACUGGGGGAGUGCCGCCUAUGCCUGUCAUCUGCCAGAUGGUUCCCCUUCCUGCAAACAACUCCCUUGUGACCACAGUUGUCCCUAGCGCUCCCCCCAGCCAGCCACCGGCUGUCUGCUCACCUGUGUUGUUCAUGGGCACUCAGGUGCCCAAGGGCACCGUGAUGUUUGUCGUGCCCCAGCCAGUUGUGCAGAACCCAAAACCUCCGGUAGUAAGCCCCAAUGGCACCAGACUGUCUCCCAUUGCUCCCGCACCUGGAUUCUCUCCUUCAGCAGCAAGAGUCACUCCCCAGAUUGAUUCGUCCAGAGUGAGGAGUCACGUUUGUAGCCACCCAGGAUGUGGCAAGACUUACUUUAAAAGUUCCCACCUGAAGGCCCACGUGAGAACGCACACAGGGGAAAAGCCCUUCAGCUGCAGCUGGAAAGGCUGUGAAAGGAGGUUUGCUCGCUCUGAUGAACUGUCCAGACACCGGCGAACACACACCGGUGAGAAGAAAUUUGCCUGUCCUAUGUGCGACCGUCGGUUCAUGAGGAGUGACCAUUUGACCAAGCAUGCCCGGCGCCACCUAUCAGCCAAGAAGCUCCCAAACUGGCAGAUGGAAGUCAGCAAGUUAAAUGACAUGGCUCUGCCUCCAACCCUGGCUUCUGCACAGUGACAGGCCAGAAGAUGAAGAGUCAGAACUAACUUUGUCAGUCAGGAGCCAGUGAUGGUGUCAGUGCUUCUGCAGGUCUGCGGCCCUCCAGCAGGGCUGAGGGGAAGGCCAGCCUGGGUUGGAUGACAAGCGCUUCAGCCACAGGCAGGUCACAGAAGGGCAGGUUUCAUUUCCUUCCACAUAGAGCGAUGAGGAAGCUUUUUUUCCUUUGGAUUGUUGUGAAGGUUUCAGAUGAGGUCAGCACAGAUUUCCAGUCAUGUCCACACUGGGUACUUUGUUUUUGCAGUUUAUACUUGAGGCCAGCUCUGCGCUGUGAUUCUAAAGCAUUGGUUUCAAGAAUCUGGAGGCUGGAAAUUCCGGUACAGAGAUGGAUAGAGCUAAAAAAAAAUGAGUUUGCGUUCCACAGAGAUGCCAUCUUCUCCUAGAGUUAUCAUUUUUAUUACUCCUCAUCUUUCCAUUCAGCUUCAUGGAUGUAGUUAUUAAGUCUAUCUACAACUAUCAUUUCCCACUAUUGUUGGUAUUUAUAGUUGAACAGCUGGACAUUGUUAGUGGGGAGCCAAAGAAUUGGAACCCUUGUUACCUUAAAUGCUUGGAAGUGCAGCUAAAGAAAAAGGGUUUUUUUUGUUUUUGCAUUUUUGUUUUGAAAGUUUUAACAACAUUUAGCCAUUUGACUCUACUUUAGAUUUAGUUUGCCUGCAGUUUCUUGUAUAGAUUUGAAAAUUGUAUACCAAUGUGUUUUCUGUAGACUUAAGAUACACUGCACUUUAUUUAGAAAAAAAUCUGAAGGUGAAAAUAUGUAUUAUAAAGAGGGGAUAUCAGAAAUUCUAGAUAACUCCUUGGGAAAGAUGGCUUUAUGUCAUCAGUAAAGGAUGCUCGUGUCAGAGACAUACUGUGUGCUUUUUCAAACUAGGAAGUUAAUGGCCAUUACAGGCAACAGUUUCCUCUGUUUAUAGGCGUUUUUCAGGGUGUGGGAAUAGAUAGGUAGAAAAUUAUUAGAACAUUCACUUCCAACUUGAAAAUGGUGUUCACAAUGCAGUUAUUUUCUUACCCGCCACAGGGUUUGGGCACCUUCGAAACUCAUUGAGAUUUAAUGUGUCAUAAAGUGUCACUCACACCUGCAGUUCUGGGGAUUGAAUCCAGGGCCUUGCAUGUGUUCUGCAAGCCCUCUACCACCGGGCUGCAUCCCCAGCCUAGAACAGUGGCUAACAGUAUUUCUGUUCUGUUGUAAAGUGGAUAACACACUUGGUAGUAAAGGUAAAUUGUUCAAAAUACACAGUGAAAAACUGUCACUAUACCUUCCCAUUUAAACUGUUUCUGUACCUUGGGUGUAGGUUUCUGACAUGCCAACUUGAACCCUUAAAAAAGAUUUUUCUUAAAAAAAAUUAUAAAGAAUCAUGAGUUCCAAUUUGCACAAUAUUUUUUGUUGUACUUUAUACCUGUUUACAAUAAAGAAUUUCCUUUGUUAUA